UGACCUUCUGCUGUUAUCUCCUCGAGUUACAAGUUACAAUAGUACCGUCACCAACUAUUUGCCGAUUGGUUCCUCCGUCUUCCCAGUCAGAAUAUCGCCGGCAAUGAAUAGCUACCGGGAAUGGAAGGCCGACCUCAAUCAUUAUGAUAUAUACCUUCCUUUACAAUCGCUAUCUGCUUCUUCUCAAAGGGUCUCCUCGCCCUGGUCGUGACGCAGUCCAGUAUGCACUAAUGUACACGCAGUACAUGCAAUGAAAACCCGGGUUCUCAUCACGCUACCCCUGGCCAAUCAAAAUCACAGGGUAUAUGGCAAGACUUCCAGAAGAAUUUGACUCCCGAAAAUCCGCCGCCACCAUAUGAAGUGCGCUCACUGAUAUUUACGUUUGCGGAACUGCUGGCUCUGCCCAAGCACCCUUCAGUCCCGUGCGAGAAGGAAACAAACCACGCCACGAUCACGCCUUUCGCCCCUUAUCAGAUGUUCCUCAGAUAACAGCGAUCAGAGAUGACAGUGGAACUGGGGCUGCGAGUGGUACGCGGCCCCGACUGGAAGUGGGGAAACCAAGACAGCGGAGAGGGCCACGUGGGCACGGUCGUGGAAAUUGGCAAACCCGGCAGCUCUACCUCACCCGACCGCACCGUGGUGGUGCAGUGGGAUUCGGGCUCCCGUACCAACUACCGUGUCGGAUACCAGGGGGCGUACGACCUGCGGGUGCUCGACAACGCCCCAGUAGGUAUCAAGCACCCAAACAUUAUCUGCGAUUCCUGCUGUAAACAAGGCAUCUGCGGCACACGGUGGAAAUGUGCGCGGUGUUACGACUUUGACCUGUGCACUACGUGCUACAUGGCAGACAAACACGACCUUACGCAUCCUUUCAUACGUUUCGACACUGCAGCUUCUACAGGCGUGGAGAUGCUCAAAAGACAGGGAGCCGUUAAAAUAGCAGCAAGGGGAAUCUUUGUUGGUGCCAAGGUUGUUCGUGGCCCUGAUUGGGAUUGGGGCCUCCAAGACGGUGGUGAAGGAAAAACGGGGAAGGUGAUCGACAUCCGAGGAUGGGAGACUGAGUCGGGUCGGAGCGUGGCAAGCGUUACUUGGUCGUCUGGAUCCACAAAUGUCUAUCGCCUGGGUCACAAGGGCAAGGUCGACCUGAAGUACAUUCAGGACGCUCCAGGGGGAUAUUUUUACAGAGAUCACCUGCCUGUACUUGGUGUAGGCGUCACAGUAGACACCGAAGCAUGUUCCAGUAGACAAACUAGGCACUCACAGUUCAGUGUGGGAGACCGGGUGAAAAUGCUGCUGGAUAUCGAGUCGCUGAAGAUCAUGCAAGAUGGCCAUGGGGGCUGGAACCCACGAAUGACAGAGGUUGUCGGAAAAAUAGGUGUGGUACAUAGAGUUACGGACAGAGGUGAUAUUCGUGUUCAGUACGAAGGAUGCAACAACAGGUGGACUGUCCAUCCUGAUGCUCUUACAAAGGUGGUGAUGUUUUCCAUGGGUGAUAUGGUGCGGAUAAGUGAUGACUUGCCUCGCCUCAAGGAACUGCAAGUUGGCCAUGGCGAAUACAUUGAUGCCAUGAAGACUUGCCUAGGCAAAUUGGGCAAGGUGACCAAGGUGUACACUGACGGAGACCUCAGGGUCAACGUGGAAGGUCAGACGUGGACUUUCAACCCACUCUGCGUCAUCCAAGUGCCUGGUUCCGCGACGGAACUCAGCAACACCAUGACUGCGAAUACGAGGGAGGAGCAUGCCAAUCCCCUCCUAUCACAUUUGCUUGCCGAGCAGCAGACGGACACCACAGCCCUCGACCGUCUGGUGCGAGAGGCAGCUCAGGGUCACCUUGAAUUUGUCAGGGAACACUUGGCCAUGUUUCCUGAGAGGGUGAACCAGAAAAGUUCCGGAAAAACAGCCCUCCAGGUGGCCAGCCACCAGGGUCACACCGAAAUUGUCGACCUGCUCAUCAACUGUGCGGCAGUCGUUGAAGCUCAAGAUGAUGACGGAGACACUGCUCUUCAUUAUGCUGCUUUUGGCAACCAGCCUGUAAUCAUGGAACGCCUCCUCAAAUCGGGGGCUCAUAUCAAUGCCGUAAACAAGGCCAAGUGCACGGCUCUUCACGUUGCCGUCAAUAAGCAGCACGUCAACUGCGUGCGUGUUCUGCUCAAGUUCCGCAGUCAGCUCAACAUCAACAUUCAGGAUUCCUAUGGUGACACCGCGCUGCAUGAUGCUAUUGCGAAGGAGAACCUCGAGAUCAUUGAUUUACUCAUCAAUGUGCCUGAAGUUGACUUCUCGCUCAAGAACAAGAGGGGCUUCAAUGUGUUGCAUCAUGCUGCACUCAAAGGAAAUAAUUUUGCCGUUGAACGUCUGCUGUCGCGCACUAGGCAAAUUGUAGACAUAAAGAAAGAUGACGGAUUUGCUGCACUGCAUCUAGCAGCAUUGAACGGCCACUUUCUUGUGGUGGAAACCCUACUCAUUCAGGGCCAGUGUGAGCCAGACGUGCGGAAUAACCGUCAACAGACGCCGCUUCUCUUGGCUGUCAGUCAGGGCCACUGCUCUAUCGCCGAAUUAUUGGUAGGGUCAGGAUCCCAGGUCAACACCGAAGAUGAAGACGGAGAUACGGCUCUCCACGUCGCGCUUCUCAAGAGGUCCUCGGUGCGGACAGCGGAUCUCGACCCCGCAGAGGCACCGAUUAUAUCCGGGAUUGUGAGCCAGCUGGCAGCAUCGGGCAACCCCGAGAUAGAUGCCACGAAUGCGCUGGCCUGUUUUCUCGCCAAGGAGGGAGCGGACCUCUGCAAGAGCAACCUGGCUGGCCGGACGCCCCUAGACCUGGCUGGCUCUCCGGCAAUCGUUGACCUGUUGCAUCAGUGGAGCAUGCAGAAAGAGCAACAACCUCCAGCCAUUGCCACCGAGUUAGCCGGCGUGCCAGUGGAAUUGCCGCAGGGACUGGAGUGCCACAUCUGCAUGGAGACGUUGGCAACCGUCUUAUUCGAGCCCUGCGGUCACACCGUCACUUGUGAGGAUUGCUGUGUCCGCAUGAAGAAGUGCAUCUCCUGCCAGGAAAUAAUCUUGAACAAAAUCGAUCGCAGCGGCCGAGUGCUUUCAUCGCGCGUGCGUCAGGCAAGCCUCGAACGGCUGCGAUACCUGGAGAGCAAGAUCCAGGAGAUCGAGGAAUCCCAGGGAUGUUCCAUCUGCAUGGAAAGGCGACGCAACGUGGCUUUUCUCUGUGGUCACGGGGCAUGCUCCGUGUGUUCUCAGACGCUCCGCAUCUGCCACAUGUGCCGAAAAGCUAUCACCAAGAAGAUCUAUCUCUACUGAGCGGACGUGGUCUUCGUAGUUUUUUUUUAACCGCCUUUUUCCCCCAGUGCGUGACGACGGGAGUGUUCUUUCACGUGCAGGCCGGAGCUGUAAAAUGAAGCCUUUUGAGACUCGUGAAACAUCCAGAAAUCACUAAAAUAUCAAUAUACAGUUUUUCUUUUGUUUUUUUUAGCCUUUGCGGAAUUUUUAUGAAAAAGCGAUGAGAACAGCACAGAUGUUGUUUUUGCAGUUGAGUUCUGCGGCCAGGCGGACGCCCUCUGGGAGAGAGUAUGGAACUACAAAAUGACUAAUUACCCAAAAUUCAUUAAUUGACGCUUUACUUUAGGAAUUUUGGGCAAAACUGAGAUAGCAGAUUAUGAGAUCAAUAAAUAUAUAAAUUUAAAACAUAUAUAAAAAAUUAUGGACAUAUAAAAAUUCAUUAAUUAACUUUUUGACUAGUGAAUUUUGGGCAAAAGUGAGAUAGCAGAUCAAGAGGCUAUCCUCAUUGAAUGCCAUUCCGUGUUUUAAAAAUCCUGAAACACACACAUGCAUUAAAGUAUCGAUCCCUGAAUUUUGAUGUGCAAAUGCGCCGAAAUAAAAAUUCGGUAAGGGCUAAAAAAAUACCCUGUAUAUAAUAUAUGCCAACAUAUCUAUGUACUAUUUAUACCGACGCCACAUCAAUAAGACAGCGACAUCUUCUGAAACGUGAAAAUUGUCGAUGAUGUCGAUAUUGUUUCAUCUCAACUACAACACCAAUUACGUUGCUUCUGAGUGCAACAACUUGAUUCGGCAUUGAUCCGCAAUGCUAGCUCAUUUCUGCGAAAAUGCCUCCCUCAUCUGAUGCAGACGACAAAGUUGCGAAAAUUUGUGGCAGCCUUGUAGCUACGUACUGAAUUGCUGUACAGCAAAUGUGAUAGCGUUUAAGUAUCAUUUUAUGAACAACCGGUACCGGUACUCAGUACCAGCUGAGUUGGACCAUGUGACGGCAUGGCUACAGCAGUUUGAUUCGGUAGUACUCAUCAGCUACGAUUUUACAGCUCUGCGUUUGCAUUGCGUUUGAGUGACACUGUAUGAACAGGAAUCAACUAUGUAUAGUGACUUUACUGUGUAAGGAAAUGGCAGUGCCUAAUGUCAUUAUUGGAGUUCACGUGCUGUUCUGCUCAACAAGGUAAGACUGACAUGAGGCCAAGUGUUUGGAAGUGAUUGCUACUCCAUUGGUUAGCACGACUACUUUAGGAUGGCUAGUGCUCGAGUCAUCAGAGAGUUUUAGAACUGGGGACCCAAGUGGCGUUUUGGGGCCCCAAGGAAGUAUAGCGGCGUCAACACUUUGGGUGCCGGGAACCCAAAACUGUGUGGGUGCGCACACUUUUUUCUUUUUCUUCUUUUUUUUUGAACAUGGGGCCCCAAAGCUAGCUCGCGUCGCCCUCGCUGCCGGCGAGAACUCGCAUGAGCGUACCGUCUGCAAGAAAAUUUUUCGUAAUUAAUUAAUAUUAAUUAAUUUUUACGAAAUUAUUUUUACUACCAACAGCCUAGUGUGUUUACAAAAGCUAAUUUCUUUUUCUUUUGUAAGUCUCUGUUGUUAGCUGAGGCUGUGCUACAGUCACACUAAGUGCACCACUGCAUGUUACGAAAACCCUGUCCUAUAAGUAGGGCCUGACUCUUUAGGGUUAUACCCUACCUUUACCCCCCUCCAAUUGAAAUCAGCAAAAACAGGGUUUAACCUAUAAUUUCUCCAAAAAUUGCUGGACCAGGGGGAUCCCAAGUCAUCACAACUGACACAGAACUUUGGAAACUGCUGUAAAUCCAUAAAUAUAGACAUACAGACUGGUCAAAUCGGAGACCCUUCUGCCUCUUAGAUUCAUGCACUAAAUAUUGAUAAUCUGUGCCUACUGGUCUGCCACGUGUAUUAUGCAGAGUAAACCAGCGAUUCAAUCCAGUUCAACGAGAAUUGGCUUUAAUCAGGUUCAGUUCAACCCGAUUAUGCCCAAAUUGUUGAAGCAAACUAUAACUAGGGCCUGACUUUUUCGGGUUUUAUUUUUGGCCAGUUUCGGGGGGUAAAUAUCGGGUGAUAUUUUUCAUUUGAAAAUUCGGGUGUAUUCGGGUUAAAUCCCAUUACGGCAUAUUCUGUCGUCAGGAAUUCGGGUGAUUUUUUUUUUGUUUAAUAAAAAUUUGUCCUAACAUGGAGCUAAUGUUUAGCAAUGUUAUCAAACUUUAUUUUAAUGCACGCUUACGAGUGUGCCAGGCGACCCUGAUGUUUUCGGGUAGAUUCGGGUUAAACCCGAAUUUUACAGAUUUCGUUCGGGGGGUAAAUAUCGGGCGGAUACGGGUUUAACCCUAAAAAGUCAGGCCCUAACUAUAACCCGAUAUGUAGUAUUUACCCCCCUGAUGUUGCUAAAAAAUAUAACUGCGAAAAGUCAUGCUCUACCUAUAAGCUGUCUGCAAGGAGAGGCUGUGUUGUAUGCUUUAACAGUGCUUGCAUUUUUGGGUCCCCCAUUGUCUCACGCCUUGUUCUAAAACUCUCUAUUAAUAUGAUUAGUGUGUAGUAUUUGUACGUUAUCUAGAGCCCGGAAGUCAGGAUUGUCACCCGUAUCAUUAGGACUGGGACUGGUGGGCCUGUAUAGAAUGAUCGUGGUGCACUUCUGUUCCCCCCCCCCCAUCUCCCACCUGUAAUCAUCAUAUCAAGUGAUCAUGAACGUUGCCCAAAUAACAAGAGGUGGAUUUUUGAAUGUUCUCAAAGUUGUGACAUGAAAUGAGCAACUUGGCCACAAAGUGGCAUGCUAAAUAGUGUGCGUUGAAGUAACGUGAAACAAGCGUGAACAGAUACUGACAGGUAAGGAACACAUCGUCGUUUGUUUCUUGUGUUUCUUGUGUUCAUCAUCAUGUGCUUGCAAAAACUGUGUCCCGUUCCACACCACGUUCGCUUAGACCACUUGGAACGCUUUGGUACAAAAUUGAUAGAGCCUGAAGUUUUCGGGAAAUAUAUUUUUUUUAAUUCGGGAGGGGGGGGGGGGGGAGUAAAAAUUGGGUAACCAAACGUGCACGAAAUUCAUGCAAAUUCGGGUGAAAAAACUUCCAGUAUGCUAAAUUCGGGGAGGAAUCGGGCUCAGUUACUCAAACUAACUGUCCAAACGGUGAUGUAGCUGCAUUUGCUGACAAACAAGUUAGUGUGCAUUCCAACAGGCGUCUCAGUGAGGGCAAUUUGCCGGCUAAAGAUCGGGGUUUCACCCUAACGAGGCAACCUACAAUUCAGGCUGCAAAUUUGGGGAAGAAUCCGGUUAAACGCUGAAACUUCAGGCUCGGAAAUACGUGAGGGCCCGUGUAUUACCCCCCGAUUGUGUUUCAAACCUUGUGUGUGUUAACAAUCUGCAUUUUUUUCGGGCGCACACUUCAGAGAGACAUUCUCUUGUGUACAUGGAAAGAGAGUGACACGCGUACUGCAUGCUUAUGAAAGUCUCUAUGUCACUUUGUUUUUAUUUUUUUCGUCACUCGCUCAUUGUUUGCUAUCGAAAAUGUCAUCCCUACCCGUUCAUAGAAAUCCCCAGUUUGGAACACAGGUUGUUGCCGGGACUGUAUUUUUGCAUGGCCCCGUGUUUAGGAUGGGCUGUCUAGCAGCAGAGACUGCUCCGCGCGGUAUUGCGGAUUUGUACAUUGUUUAACCACUUACCUCUUCCUCGCCCUCCUCUGAACGGCAUUUUUGCUGCACAGAAUCGUGUGUGACGGAAUCUUGUUGCUUUCCUCUGUUGCCCUGCUCUAUUUAUAUUUCACGUGUGCCUCCUCUUUUUGUGCGGGUUAUAUUUAGGGCCCGACUUUUUAGGGUUAAACCCGUAUCCGCCCGAUAUUUACCCCCCCCGAACGAAAUCUGUAAAAUUCGGGUUUAACCCGAAUCUACCCGAAAACAUCCGGGUCGCGUGGCACACUCGUAAGCGUGCAUUAAGAUAAAGUUUGAUAACAUUGCUAAACAUUAGUUCCAUGUUAAGACAAAUUUUUAUUAAACAAAAAAAAUCACCCGAAUACACCCGAAUUCCUGACGACAGAAUAUGCCGUAACGGGAUUUAACCCGAAUCCACCCGAAUUUUCGAACGAAAAAUAUCACCCGAUAUUUACCCCCCGAAUUUGGCCAGAAAUAAAACCCGAAAAAGUCGGGGCCCUAGUUAUAUUACGACGUCCACUUGGAAGUUCCUUGCACUUCGGCAUAUACUAGCGUGAUGGACAAACGAGAAGAGCGCGUCGUUUGAUUACGUGAUGCAUGACUAGUUAUGGUAAGAUAAGAAGCAUGCCGUUUUUUUUUUUUUGUUCCAUCUGAGCCUCCACACAGUGAUGGGGCUCAUUUGUGCAAAUAAAACCUUUUUCUUUUUUUUUUUUUUCGUAGGCAAUCGCUACA